AUGGACAUCUCCACUCGAACGGGCCUCUUUCAGAAAGCUUUCCAUCAGAGCAGUGGUCUGUUCCCUGGACCAGGCUUUUACACUGGCCUAGAGUUUUAUUCACAUGAGGAACGAGCGGACAUUCCUACCCUCGAGGCAAACUACCAAAGAGUGCCUGUUUCUCAAUUGAUACAUGGACCGUCGCCUCUGUCUGCUACUCAAGCUGCACCGGAACACAGGCCUCAAGUCAAAUUCGAGCCUUCCGGUCUGUCUGAAACUCAAGGAAGUCUUGUUCAUCCUGCGGUUCCUUCGAGCAUCCACUCCUCACCACCAGUGGGGCACAAAUACCUGGUCAUAAAUGCUAACAAUAACUUGAUGAAGCCGAAGCCAGGAGCUGCAGACGACCAAACUACCCCUCAUGGCGAUCAAACAUACUGGAAUCUGGAAAACCUGCCUGAAGUUCUUUACGUUCUCAGACCCAGAACCGACUACCGCAAAUCGAGACACCGUGUUUAUAAAACAACUAAUGCACUUACUGGAAAGCAGAUCAAUGACUUUGCCGUACUCCCGAGCCAAAUCUCCUCCAAUGUGGAAGGAUGGAGACUCGAGGCCUGGAUGCGUUUGGACCGUCGCAUCACCCAGCAGGAUAUCAUCGACCGUGUCAAUCCCAAGUACAAGUUGACCGCAGAGGAGAUUGAGUCUCGCAGAGAGAACUUUCGCAGCGCCUUCCAUGUGGCUAAUUGGAACACGCAAAAGUCCAUCUGGGACAUUGAUCGCAUGCUCAAGGCCAUCGGAGUUGAUACCCAGAAGAAUACCACUAGGGGACUGACGCCUGGUUUGAUUGAUCCAUCAAAGGGUGAAGCCGGCGGACGCAUCCCUAUACCAGGAGAGAACAUCAUUCAUAUGAAACAGGCAAGGAUGAAUCUAGAAUAUGCUUCCAGCAGCUCCGGUGAAAUGUACGAGGGUCGUCGUCCUGGGCCACUUCACACUUCGCAGGCAGAUUUCAGAACGGAACCGAGCAGCAAUGUGAGAGCAACUGCGUCACCGCAAAUUACAACGAUUGACUCCACUCAUGCCGACUUCGAAUAUCCUGAUGUAGAUGGCUUGGCCUAUUGUAUCGAGCCUUCCACCCGACCCUUCCACGAUGCAGACGAUACUGUUGGUCGCAAAAUGAGUUUGCAGAGAUUUUUGAAAAAAAACAACAUGUCGUACGAGGAUUGGCUUCUCCGCGAUUACGAUGUUGUUGAAAGAGAUACCCUGAAGCGUGGACGCAAUGAGGAUUUGGAGUCUCAGGAGCCCGCAAACGUAAUCGCCAGCUCGAAGCGCAGAUGUGUUGACAAUGCGGACAUUGAGGCGUCCGUGACUAUGAGCAACAGCCGGAAGCGCAGUCGUGGUGAGAAUAUGAAUCUCGGCGAGUCGGCAGCUGGCGACGAUACUAGCACAAAGCGCAGGAGUAUAGAAAGGUCGAACACUGGCAAGUCCACCAAAAGUCCCAGUGAUGAUUUUUGGGCUACUGUCUUGAAAGGCUGA